AUGGAUGGUUCUCUGGGACCCGGGGAGGAUUAUUUUUUGAACAAGGCUGAACUCCCAGGUCCCAGUUGGAUAACUAAGAAUGCUUGUUCGCAUCCGUUUCACUCUCAAGUUCCAAGCCCAGCGAUGGCAUCACCCGCCCACGCCUCUCCCCUGAUCAGCGAGGCGGAUCGGCGACGGCGAAGACGGCCCCAGCUCUCCUGCGUUCUGUGCAGACGGCGAAAAGUGAAAUGCAACCGAGAACUGCCCUGUGAUCAAUGCUACAAGCUGUCCAAGGGUCGGAGUUGCGUCUACAACGACAUCAUCCCGUCAGCUGAAAACCCCGAUCACGGUGCCUUGAGCUCGAACUCGGUCGAUCCCAGCAGGAGUGCGCCGCAGAGGAGUCCGAUCGAGUCGAAUACAGGGCUGCGCCGUUCGGGAGAACAUAAUGCACAGCCAGGAGAAAAUAUCCUGAGAACACAGGGGGACAGUCGGCUUGGAGAUGGCCAUCCUGUAUCGAGCUAUGCCUCUUCUACACUGGCCAGUCCUGGAGUCAGUCGGACUGCCAGUACUCAGGAAGCCGUCUCGUCCUCAGACCAGCCAUUUCGACAGUCCAGUUCGAUUACUACCCACGGCGAGUCUGAGCUUGAUGAGACACACAGAGACAGCUUCAACGAUCAGCCAAGUCUGAAUUUCAUCGAGGACGGCUGGACGACGGAGUUUCACGGAGAAAGUCAUUGGUCGACAAUUUUCCAAAUGCUCCCGAAUGUGAGGCUGCUGAUUCACAAUCUCACCGUUUCUACAGACGAUGGAUCUCGUGCCUCAUUCUGGAAGUACCUGACAGAAUUCCGUGAGAAAAGAAUGAUGCAACUGAACUCAGACAUCAUCAACCUCGGCUUGGUAGCCCACGCCAGCUUGAGGGAGGAACUGGCUCCCCAUGAAGUCUGUGACAGGCUGGUGGCGAGCUACCACGAGUCGUUUGGGAAACUCUACGAAGUUGUGCCUUGGCGCGAUUUCAUGAGAGAUUACAAUAGUUUAUGGCUGGGCAUAGAACCAUACCGAUGCGAAUUUGCCGUUAUAUUGAUUCUCGUCCUGACUAUCGGGAAUGCCUUUUUGAGCGACCAAGAGAACCGGCUGCCGCACUCGAUGGUUCUCAAAUGGUUCAGCAUGGCCAAGGUCUGGAGGAACACCACCGCGGAUAUCAACAAGUACAACCUCACUUCGCUGCAGGUGGAUAUCCUUCUAUAUCUGGCUCGCAGGUUGUAUUGCAUUGGCCCGCCUCACGACUCCGUGGGCUCUGCGGUUUUGGUACGAAAUGCAAUGGCAAUGAGUCUCCACAAGGAUUCCUCCCACCUUGUUGACAUGUCAGUCGAAGAGCGUUUGUUGCGACGGCGCCUGUGGUACACUGUCCUCGAGCUCGAUGUACAGUCGUCACUCGAGUCGGGAAUGCAGCCAACCUGUCCUGAAGCCGACUCCUGGAUGGGAGCGAGACUGGAACAGGAAGGGACCUCGAUAUCGGAACAAUCUUUUCUCGUCCGUUCUCUCCCUAUACGACUCAAGAUCGCGCAAUUACUCAACCGAUCUCGGUUUGAUUUGACAUAUGACGUGGCCUGCGAGCUCAACGACGAGCUCAUGGCAGCGGUGGGAUGGUCGUUAUCAGAACGUCCCACCGAUCCAUAUGCUACAGGAGACAACUUUGUGGGGGAGUAUACGAGGCUCUUGGUCCGUCGAGCCCUGCUAGCGCUCCACUGGCCGUUUGCCAUCCGCAAUGACCACCGAUUCUACUUUUCGCGGAAUGCGUGUCUCGUCACGGCGCUCAAGAUCCUUCAACAGCUCAUUCCAGAAGGAUCGCACGACGCCGGAUUACAACAUCUAAUCCGUGGGGAGUGCUCCAUUUAUCAGAACGAUGCGUUCCCAGCAGCGCUAUUCCUGUGUUUUGAGCUCCUUCGCGGGAUUUCCAAGCCGGAUAGUGGGCAUGUCCUGGAGCAGGUUUCUUCUCUCCAACACGAGGCCAUGGAUCUGCUGAACCGGUUUAUCGCUCUCGCUGAGCAAAGAGUCAUGGGUAGCGACUACUCGGAGGUGGCGUUCGUCAUAGUGUCCGUCAUGCAUGCCUACGUCUGCUGGGUGGAUGGCGGAGCAUCUGACACGAGUGGAGGGGGGUUACAGGAGAUGGCAGAUGGAAUUGCACAGCGGUUACAUGCAUCUAUGGGCGAGAUCAAUUAUAUUAAUAAUAACGAUAUUCCAUCGAGAUAA